UUUCCGAUUUUUCGUCUGACCGGACGGGACGUGUAUCUCUUGAAUUUUUUAUUAAAUUAAUUAAUACCUGCGUUCAACAUGAGCUCCAAGUCCUUUUUUGUCGAGGACGAUGCUGAACAGGCCAACAAAUUUUCCAGGAAGGCCAAGGAAUCGCCGUUUAUGUUAGUCGGCAUUGCGGGAUUCGUGGCGGCGGGACUAAUUGGCGCCUACAAGUACAAGAACCGUGGCACCAUGAGCACCAGCGUAUUCCUGAUGCAGCUUCGUGUGGCGGCCCAGGGCACCGUCGUGGGCUGUCUGACAGCGGGACUGGCGUACACAAUGGCCAAGGAGUACCUGUUCGACAAGCAGCCCAAGGAAAAUUCCAAGCCACUGACUAACUAAAGAUCAUUUCUGAUUGUUAUGCGGCCACUCAAAAACAGCCUUUCAACAUCUGUGGCAAACACCGUAUCCUACACCUAAGCGAUUUGUAACUCUAUUUAUUGCAUCAUCAUAAGAUUCACACCGAUUGACGAUGGCUCUCCAUGGGGAGACGGGUGCUCGCACUAGCUAGCUAGUACUUUUCUGCGUCUCCUAGUGCAGGUGGCCCCAACAAAUUGAACUAGCUAAAUGUCUUGUAUACCUGCGUAAGAUUGUGAUAAUGUUUGUUUAAUUGUACGACAUUGUCGAAACGAACACGAACCACCCUGUCGCUCCUCAGGCGGCAGACAAACAUGAAAUAUGAAUACCUCUGGCAUGAUAUAUAAUAUGAUUAAAUAAACAAAAUAGAAUGUA